AAGGCACGCGUCUCCCUUAAUUUUCUCCCUCUCCCUCUUCAUAAACCUCCCCAUGACCUCUUUUUUCCUCCAUCAAACUCAAAAAUUCAAGACAAAUCAUUCAGACCGACUAAAAAAAAAAUGGGAAACAAAAAAUUGACCCUUCUGGUUCUUGUUCUUGUGCUGUGCUAUGGAGUACUUGGAAUCAAGGCAUUGAGCUUUGCUGAAGAUGUAGAAGACUGGAGGAGAUCAGAGAGAGGAGAAGAGGCAGAAGCAGAGCAACAACAAGAAGAAGAAGACUGGAGGAGAGAGAGAGGAGGAAGAGGAAGAGGAAGUAAGAUUAGUAGUGAGGACUGGUUCUUGCUUCGAGAUGUAAAGCCCAUUGUCAAAACCGAUGCAGGGGAGAUGAGGGUGGUGAAGAGCCUCGGUAGUAGAAAUCUCGGAAGGAACAUGCAUAUCGGUUUCAUCACCAUGGAACCCCAAACCCUUUUCAUCCCUCAGUACCUUGAUUCCAAUUUGAUCAUCUUCAUUCGCAGAGGGGAAGCAAAGUUGGGAUUAAUAUAUGGUGAUGAUCUAGCUGAGAGGAGAUUGAAGAGUGGGGAUGUUUAUCUGAUUCCUGCUGGGUCAGCAUUUUACUUGGUGAACACAGGCGAGGGUCAGAGACUUCACAUCAUCUGCAGCAUUGACACAUCUGAGAGUUUAGGCUUGGGUGCUUUCCAGUCCUUCUUCGUGGCUGGAGGAACAUACCCAACAUCUAUUCUCUCUGGAUUCAGCACACAUAUACUUGAGAAUGCCUUUAACGUCUCAAGAGGAGAACUAACAGAGAUAUUAAGCAGGCAAGAAGAGGGUCCAAUAGUCUACAUUACAGACCCCAACCCACCAAGCCUAUGGUCCAAGUUUUUGCAACUAAAAGAGCAAGAUAAACUUGAACACCUGAAGAGAAUGGUCGAUUUUCACCAAGACCAAUCUGACGAAGAAAAAGAUGAACAACCAAGUUGGUCAUGGAGGAAGCUAUUGAAUUCCGUAUUUGGGAAUAGAGAGGAGAGAAGGCAUGAACACAAGAGAUCUGGUGACUCUCCGGACUCUUAUAACCUCUACAAACGAGAGCCAGAUUACAGAAAUGAUUAUGGAUAUAGCAAGGCACUCGAGGAGGACGAUUAUCCUCCUCUCAAAAGCUCUGGCAUUGGAAUUUACCUCGUCAACCUCACUGCGGGAUCAAUGAUGGCGCCUCAUCUGAAUCCGAGAGCAACAGAGUAUGGGAUAGUUUUGAGAGGAGCAGGGACAAUAGAGAUAGUGUUUCCGAACGGUACGACGGCCAUGAACGCGGAGGUCAAAGAAGGAGACGUGUUUUGGGUGCCGAGGUAUUUCCCUUUCUGUCAGAUCGCAUCUCGAACAGGGCCUUUCGAGUUCUUCGGAUUCACAACCUCGGCGCGCAAGAAUUACCCUCACUUCUUGGUUGGUGCAAACUCGAUUCUAAGGACAAUGGCGGGUCCGGAGGUAGCAGCUGCUUUCGGUGCCAGCGAGGAGAGAUACAGACACUUGGUAGACGCUCAACGCGAAUCUGUGAUCUUGCCUUCUGCAUCGGCGGCUCCGCCGUAUGAGGCCGGGGAGGGAGAGGAAGGGGAGGUUGGGGGUAAGAAGAAGAACAGCAACAACAACAACAAUUUUGAGAGGCUUCCGAAAGUGAUCAAGAACUUUGGGAAUGAUCUCAUCAUGGGUUUUGAUUAGGGAGAGAAAUGAGCCUUGGAAGCUCCCUUUUUUUUUGGUUAUCUGGUUUUAGCUUCUUUCUUCAUUUUCUUCCCUUUUCUUUUUUAGUUCUUUUUUUGGUUUAAUUUACUCUUUUCCUUUUUUUGCUUCUGUUUUACGUUCAGAGUUUCUUCACGGGUUUCCAGAGUUGUGAAUAAGAUCCACCUUCUCUUUUA